AGGCGACGGAGGCAGAAGCCGCAGUCCGGGCGCCGAGGGACCGGGGACUCGUGCUGCCAGCGGGAGGCGCGGCGGGAGCGGCCCACGUGCGCGCCCGCGGAGUCAGCUGCGCGCCAGGAGACGGGAAGCGCCCGCUCGGCGACCUUAUGUUUCUGCUGGGGGGUCUCUGCAGCUUCGGAAGCCCGCGACCCCCGGCCCCGGAGAGCUGAUCUUGCCCCUCCGGCACUUGGCUGGGAUGAACUUGCCGGCUCUUCUCUUCUCGAUCGGUUGGUGGACUUUGGGGCUGGUAAAUGGGAUUCACCCGGAAUGCAGAUUGCAGCUGGAGCUUCAUAAAGAGGAAAUAAAGUGCAUGGAACUUUUAAAGAAUGCCAAAACCGUGGGUUUUAAAGGGUGUGUUGGGAUCUGGGAUAACAUUACCUGCUGGCACCCUGCAGAAAUUGGGGAAACCGUGACAGUACCAUGUCCAAAAGUCUUCAGCAAUUUUUUCAGCAAAUCAGGAAAUAUCAGCAAAAAUUGUACAAGUAACGGUUGGACAGAUAUAUUUCCAGAUUUCUUCUUUGCUUGUGGAUAUAAAGAAGUUGACGAAGACAGCGCGAUUUUCUAUGUUUUGGUGAAAGCGAUUUACACCCUUGGACACAGUGCGUCUCUCAUUGCUCUGACUACAGGAAGUAUAAUUCUUUGCCUUUUUAGGAAACUUCACUGCACUAGGAACUAUAUACAUUUGAAUUUGUUCCUGUCUUUCAUUCUAAAAGCAAUCUCUGUCUUGGUCAAAGAUGAGAUCCUCUAUUCUGGUAGUAACACAGUUCACUGCUCAGAGGAUCAACCAUCCUGGGUCGGCUGCAAGGGUAGCUUGGUAAUUUUCCAGUACUGUGUAAUGGCCAACUUUUAUUGGCUCUUAGUUGAAGGACUUUAUCUCCACAUCCUCAUGGUCAUAUUCUCUCCUAACAGACACUUCGCCUUAUAUCUCCUUAUUGGAUGGGGAAUCCCCACAGUGUUCAUCAUCGCAUGGAUUGUCUCUAGAGUCUAUUUGGAGGACACUGGUUGCUGGGAUACGAACGAUCACAGCGUCCCAUGGUGGGUUAUAAGAUUACCCAUCCUAAUUUCAAUUUUAGUGAAUUUUGUACUUUUCAUCAGCAUUAUAAGAAUUCUACUGCAAAAGCUGAGAUCGCCAGAUGUUGGAGGCAAUGACCAGUCCCAGUAUAAGAGACUUGCAAAAUCGACAUUGCUGCUUAUACCAUUGUUUGGAGUUCACUAUAUGUUGUUCGCGGUCUUUCCGAUUCGCAUUUCUAAUAACUAUCAGAUCAUUUUUGAGUUAUGUCUGGGAUCUUUUCAGGGCCUGGUUGUUGCAGUCCUAUACUGCUUUCUGAACAGUGAAGUACAAGGCGAACUGAAAAGAAAAUGGCGGAGUUGGUGUUUGAACCAAAGAAUGGGCCGAGAUUACAGACUUCACAGCUCUUCUAUUUCUCGGAAUGGCUCAGAAAGCAUCUCCCAGUUGCAUCGUAAUUCAGCGACUCAGUUUUCCCUCCAAACGGAAACCACAGUGAUAUAAGCCACGUGGGUGCCUGCAAAAGACUAAAGAUCAUAGGGCAUAUCGCUGCAUUGUACAGCUCAGUCAGCGUGAUAACAUUUUAUAACGUCUGUAGAGUUUUUACCCUGUUUUUGUCUACAUGUCAAAAUGUGGGAAUGGCCUAGUGCAGGUCGUGGUAUCCUUUGAGUUUAGCCUUAAAACUUGUUUUCAGCUGUAGGAUUUGUGUGUCCUUGGACCAUAGGAAGUGGUGUGUUUUGAUGCAUUUUUAUUAGUUAUCAUUCUGACCCCUGCCAAUUCCAUGCUGAAAAUAAUUGGGAUUUACUGGAUUAAGAAAAAGAAAAGUUGUGCUGCCUCAGACCAAUGUCCCUCUAGUUCAGCAUCCAUUUUUUCCAACAGUGUUCAGCCAGAUAUCUCUAAAAAGAUCACAGCAAGACAUGAAGGCAAGAGUCCUCUACCGUGGUUGCCAUCUAAAACUUGAUAAUUUUGGAGAUGCACUUCCCCUGAACCGUAUAUAAAGGCAUCAUGAAUGGCAGCCAUUGGUACCCUAAUAUUUCACAAAUGUAUCUAAUCCUCUUUAAGGUCAUCUAAGAUGCUGGCCAUUGCCACACCUUGUGAUAAUGAGUUCCACAGAUAAAUUAGGUGAGAUCUGAAGAACUUCCUUUUGUCUGUGCUGAAGUUCCUGCCAGUCACUUGCAAUUCAUCACCCUGGCACCUGAAUCUUUCUCCCAGAUGCCUACUAAACAUAUUACUUGCUUGUCCACGUUCUUUCAGCAAACACUUCCCCAUUUGCAUGAGGCCAAACAUCGCCAGACUUAGGACCAGCUCUGUUACAUAGAUGCAGAUCGUGAUCUCAACCCACAUUGGCAUGUAGGCCUCAGCCUGGUCCAUAGUUUCAGAAGAAAGUGUUACUAGGUUUUGGUUCAAGGAUGGGGAACCUUUGGCUCAUGGACCUAAUGAGGCCCCCCAGACCAACUCAUUUGGCUCACUAGUCCCUUUUGGCCAAGCCAUAUCAGGUAAAGACAUGGGGGCUUGCAGACACCACCCUAGAACUGAUGAGCAGCAGCUGCUAAAUAUAGCCCAUGAAGGUAAUCUUCAAAGUCUAAUGACACUUUUAAAUUUGGUGAACUCUAAGAAGCCUAAGGGGAUGGAGGCUUGGGUAAGAUGUCAUACACAGACCUUUGCCAUGACUAGCAGAAGAAAAGAAUUAAGGUUUUUGUAGGGGGGACACACACACACAAACUGCAGAAUUCAGCUUGCACGAACUUUGAUUAAUAGAACAUCCUCGCUCUUAUCACACACUGGCAUAUUUUUCCUCUGUUCCUACAGUUUGGCUGUGCCCUGAGUAUUGAUUGUUAUGUUGCACUUUUAAUUUGCAAAUGGUUUCACCAUCAUUAUUGCAUAUGCUCUCUCAACAAGCCAGUGAUGUCGGUCACUGUUAUUACCAUUUUACAAAUGGGAACUGCGGUUGGGAGCCAAUGAUUUGGCUCAGGGUUGUGCAAUGAGUCUUGAGACAGAGAUUGGAACUUGACAAAGGAGGAAUGGUGAACCACACGGAGACAGAAAAAAGACUGUAUAGACUGAGGUAUGUGAUACCUUAUAAACCAUGGGCAAGGAACCUUAUUAGCUGAAGGGACACAUUCCCUUCCAGGCAACCUAGAGCUAGAAGUGGGUAGAGCCUGUUUCUUCACACAUAGCCUCUGUCCUCAAUGUGGCUUUUUUUUUUAGCUGGGCUAUAAAAAUCUUUGCCAUCUUGGGAAUUAGCUACUAUAUUGACUAAGGUAUAGGUAAAGGGACCCCUGACCAUUACGUCCAGUCGUGGCCAACUCUGGGGUUGCAGCGCUCAUCUCGCUUUAUUGGCCAAGGGAGCUGGCGUACAGCUUCCAGGUCAUGUGGCCAGCAUGACUAAGCCGCUUCUGGCGAACCAGAGCAGCACACGGAAACACCAUUUACCUUCCCGCCGGAGCGGUACCUAUUUAUCUACUUGCACUUUGACGUGCUUUCGAACUGCUAGGUUGGCAGGAGCAGGGACUGAGCAACGGGAGCACACCCCAUCGUGGGGAUUCGAACCGCCGACCUUCUGAUUUGCAAGUCCUAGGCUCUGUGGUUUAACCCACAGCGCCACCCGCGUCCCUACUAUAUUGACUAAGAAGGCUCAAAAGGAUGCUGCAGUUUACAAAGACGUUUAUCCAAUUCAUUUUCAAAGCAGCCUUUGCCAACCUGGAACCCUCCAGAUGUUUUUGGAGUACAACUCCCAUCGGCGCAAGCUGGCUGGGGCUGAUGGGAGUUGUAGUCCAAAAACAUCUGGAGGAUUCCAGGUUGGCAAAGAGUGGUGUAUUCAAAUGCGUCCCCUCUUCAGACCUUCAAUUCCCCCAUACAGGGUCCGUAAUUAUGAGAGGAGCCUCUGGCCUUGUUGGGGAAAGUUAUUAGACUUGUUUAUUCAUCCUUCUUGGAAUGAGUGAGUGAAUGAAUGGAUUUGCAUUUGGAAUAGUUGUACAUGGGAUGAAUGGCUGUGUUUUGAACACAGGGAUGGGGAAUCUGUGGCCCUCCAGAUGUUGCAGCAUAGUUGCCAUCAUCCUGACCACUUCCUUUGCUCUUAGGAGCUGAAGUCCAACUGGAGCGCCAUGCCUUUCCCAUUCCUGUGACAACAUUCCUCAUUAAAUUCUCCAAAAACUCGUUUUGUGACUUGCGUGUUUUCACUACGCCAUUUCUGAUACUAAUUUAUUGUAUGCACUUUUAUGUUACGUCAUCAUAUAUGCAUUAUAUUUUGCCUGUUGUUAAGGCUUCCCUUUUUGUUAGCUUGCUAUUCAAAUCUUUAAUUUCAGCAGACAGAAAAUGAUGGCCUUUUGUAGUGCUCUAGAGUGUCCACAGCACCUGAAUUAUAUCAUUAAUCUUUGCGACAACCCUGGGCUUUGGGUCAGUAUUGGUAUUCCCAAACUGCAGAUGGGAGACUGAGGCUAAGAGAUGCCACCAAGGAUGUCCAUUGAUUCACAGCUCAGUUUCUUAAUAGUGCAAUCCUGAGCAUGUUUACUUGGAUGUAAGCCCCACUGAUUCUGCAUAAAGAGCAGCCAUAGACACUACACCAGCUCUGUAUCUGCAGAGUGACUUCAUUUUAAUGCUUGCUGUGUCCUGAACUCCCAAACAUCUUGGAAUAAAAAACAUAGUUUCCAGAUCAAA